CUGUAAGUAACUUAGUUAAAUUCACAAAUAAAAACACUACAACAGAGAAAAAUAACAAAAAUACAGCACGAUUGGAUAAAAAUAAAAGGAAAAGCUUACAAAAGUUACAAGAAAUUGUAAAUAAUGAUGAAGGAAAAUACGUAAAUAAUAACAAAGACUUACAAGUAAACGGUGAAGAUGAGGAAAUCAAUGAAGAUAUCGACUUACUAUUAGAUUUAAUAUUUAGUAAGAAAAAUUACGAGAAAUUUAAUCAAAACCAACAAACUAACUUAUAUAAAGAUAAUUUCGCAUCAAAAAUGAAUGAAGAUGAAAAAGAAAAUAAGAUUUAUAUUAAACCAUCCAUCGAAUUAUUUUAUAGUUCAACGAAUGAAAAACUAUUAAAGAAAAAAGAAGGAAUAUCGUUCACUUUAUCAGCUAAUGAAUUGAACGAAAGAACUAAACAAAUUAAUGACAGAAUGAAAUCUUCGAUAAAUGAAAAUUUUGUCAAAAAUAACGACGAUUUGGAAGAAAAAAACAAUGAAGAUUCAUCAAAUCGUAUAAAAGAAACAAAAAUUAUUAAUAAUAAUACUUUACAAGACUCAAUUGUAAAACAAAUAUUAGAAAAAUAUGAUAAAAAAGUGCGGGAACGAAAAUAUCUUUGGCCGUUUGAAAAAAAAACAAAAUCACAAUUCAAUCGUAAUAAGAGAAACGUAACAUAUGGAAGAAUUAACCAAAAUGACCCAAACAGAAAUGGAUAUUUCCAAAACAUAUUUAAUUCGAGUCAUCACAACAAUUUACUUUAUUAUAACAAAAAUAAUAGAACAAUCCAAUAUCAAAACCAACCAAAUAUAAAUAAUUUUGGCGCCAACAGAAUAACCGAAAACAGUUAUUUUCCAACUAGUUACAAUAACGGUUAUAACCAACAGAAUAACAGAAAUAACUAUUAUUAUAAACCAGUUAACAACCCUAGUUAUCAACCUAUUAACAAUCCUUACAGAUUAAAUAAUGAACAAUCAAAUAUACCUAAUCAGAACCAAAAUACUGGAUACAGAAAUAAUAACAACAAUGGUUAUCCAAUAAAUAAUAAUAAAAAUCCAUACAAUACUAACCCAAUUACAUCACACAAUGGAUUGCAUUUCAAUCCAUAUGGAUACUAUCCAUACCAACCCAAUAAUCCAAACUUACAAACCAAUCCAACAAACAACUACAAGAAAAACCAAAAUAACGGAUAUAACGUUAACAGUUACGAAAAUAACUCGAUAAAUAGCGUAACGGUUACAUCAACGGAGAAUGUUCCAGAAACAACUUCCAGUACAUCAGCACCUGUUAUUUUGGAAAGCUGUUUUUUGUGUGCGUCUAUGGGUUGUCCAUCAUUUUUUAAAAGAAUAGGAUUUUUAUGUGUUGAUCCAAAUAAAGUAAAUUAAUAUUA